AUUGACCCAAUUCCUAUUCAUCCCAAAUGCAGAGAGGACUUUUUCCCAGCGACUCGUCGCCUCCAGGGUAACUGCCAGCAAAACUGUACUUCCGUUUCCAGCCGUGUUUCCCAGCUGUGGCGUCCCCCUGUGAGACAAGCACUAAGAGCUGCAGUGGCAGUUACAGCAGCUGAGAAGCUUGUGUGGAGUCACUGCCAUGACGCUGCCUAACACCCAGCAAGCCCACGUGAUCCCGCUCCUCGCAGCCACGCCUGCUCCAGGCUGUCGAGGGCGGAAAAAAGGCGGGCGCAGCUUAAAAGGGAACCCGCUUGCGGGCAGUUCCAACCAGCUGUGCCAGCUGCCCAGCACACUGUCGCAGCCAGCAAGCAGCCGUCUGUCACGUCACUUUUCUCUGCACGCCGCUAACAAGCUACCGCUCCGUGACGCUUCGUCUGCCAUUUAAUCCCCUUCAUCACGCACCGCCUCCAAUUCCCGCUAGAAAAUAAUCAUCGAACCAAUCCAUCACUAUUAAAGAUCCCCGUCAUCGCCACUACGACACCGGCACGACAGCUCACCCGCCGACCACGUCCUGGAAGCUAGCUUGCUUGCUUUCUUGCUGCUAAACAUCACCACCACCACCACCACCACCACCACCACCACCACCACCCAUUACGCGCGCAAGGCCCGCGUGGCCAUGGUCGGAUCCUGCCAUCUCGCUUUUUAAACGGAUCGCUGUCAUUGGGGAAGAACAAAUAUACAAAGAAAAAUAGGGACUACAGCAGUUAGAGCUUCAGCUUCAGCACAAAAUCAUGUACGACAAGCUCGUAUCGCUAGGCUCCCGCCUGCACUACCCCAUUACUAUUACAAAGCUGCUCAAGGCGCCCGGCGACACCAUCAAGAAGCAGGAAAACAUUAUUGAAUACAAGUUCUCGUGGAGGCGCCAAGUGUCCGACGACGAAUGGGUCGACGAAGUCACAUACACCGAGUUUGAUAGCCCGGCCGAGGGCACGCUCAAGGAAUGGCGCAUUAAAGAGGGCCAGACCAUUGCUGGCGACAGAGGGUGCAUGAUGGUCGAAGAAGCCUGCGCCCACGAGGUCCAGAUCCAGGGCAUGUGCACGCUUUGCGGCGCCGACAUGACGGAGACCAACUGGGCCAGUGAAGAGCGCGGCAUCGACCGAGCCACCAUCAACAUGACGCACGACCAGACUGGCCUCAUGGUCAGCGAGAGUGUCGCCACACGAGCUGAGCACGAUACGCAGAAGCGUCUGCUGCGCCAGCGCAAGCUGAGUCUGGUGGUCGAUCUCGAUCAGACCAUUAUCCACGCCUGCAUAGAACCGACGGUAGGGGAGUGGCAGCGCGACCCGUCGAAUCCGAACCACGACGCCGUUAAGGACGUCCGUAGCUUCCAGCUCAACGACGACGGACCCCGCGGCCUGGCCAGUGGCUGCACAUAUUACAUCAAGAUGCGACCUGGGCUUACUGAGUUUCUCGAGGAGAUUUCGCAAAUGUACGAGCUUCACGUCUACACCAUGGGCACGCGCGCCUAUGCUCUUAAUAUUGCCAAACUGGUCGACCCGGACCGAAAGCUGUUUGGCAACCGCGUCAUCAGCCGUGACGAGAACGGUAGCAUCACAGCCAAGAGUCUGCAGCGAUUAUUCCCUGUUAGCACAGACAUGGUGGUGAUUAUCGACGAUCGCUCCGAUGUCUGGCCCACCAACAGGGCCAACCUUAUCAAGGUGGUGCCGUACGAAUUCUUCAAGGGAAUCGGCGACAUCAACUCGAGCUUCUUACCAAAGAGGCAAGAUAUACGACCGGCGCUGCCCAAGAUCGACAAGUCGGCAGGAGCAGGAAAAGCAGACAAGUCGUCGGCGCUGGAUGAUCUCGCUCGUCUGGGCGGCGAGAACGGCACAAUUGAGGACCAGACUGCCGAGCAAGAACAGGCCCUGGAGAAGCAGCUGACAGAUAGACCGCUGCUUCAUCUACAGGAGGAGCUUGACAAGGAGGACGAGAAAGAACAGGAAUCAGACCCCGAACACCCCCAUCACCGCCAACAUUUGCUUCAAGACGACGACGAGGAGUUGGUUGCUUUGCAGGACCAUCUCACCGAUCUUCAUGUAGCAUUCUACGAACUCUACGACCGCAGACGAGAGGAGCGCGGCCACGCCAAGCCCACGCAUCCUCCUGGAAAUAGCCAUGUCGUACGCCGCCCGUCAGUAGACGAUGGUGUCGACCUGUCCAUGGUGCCCGAUGUGGGCGACAUUCUAGAUGGCCUCAAGUCGGACGUUUUAUCUGGUUUAGUCAUUGUUCUUUCUGGCCUGGUGCCGCUUGACAUCCCCGUAGAAGAGUCGGAGAUUGGCAUGCAGGCACAGAGCUUUGGCGCGCAGGUUUUGGGCACGAUUUCAAAGCGAGUGACACACUUGGUCGUCUCAACGGACCGGCCGCGAACUAAGAAGGUUCAGCAGGCCGCCAAGAUUCCCAGCAUCAAGAUUGUCAACCAGAACUGGCUGCUCGACUGUUUGAGUCAGUGGCGCCGUCUCGACGAAAGCCCAUAUCUGACUGGCGAGCGCGCCGAGGAAGCCACCGAGCUGACAUCUGAAACAGAGGACGAGACUGGUGACACAAAGGACCUCAAGGAUUUUGACUGGGACAUGGCGGACAAGGAGAUCCAAGAGCUUCUUGAUCUAGAGGACGACGAUGACGACGACGAGGAUGACGAGGGAGAGGGCGAUGGUGAAGAGGACAGUGAACUGGAUGACUCGCAAGUCGACACAGAGAGCAACGCAUCGGACAGCCCGACCAAGAAGGGCCGCAAGCGCAAGAGCCGUGGCGAAGGCGACGAGUCGGACGGGGAGCCCGGCGUGAUGGGCGAGAGCGUGCUGGCCAAGAAGCAGCGACUGUCUCGCAACCGUGGGACGUCGGCGCUGCGGGCGGUGCACACGGCAGAUGAUGAGGGGCUGCCGACACCUGGUCCGACGGGCGAUGAGGAGGCCAAUGGCGGCGAGGAGGACUUUGACGAGGACGAUCUGGAGCGGGACUUGCUUGCGGAGUUGGAGGCGGCGAGCGACUAGGUUCUAGUAUUCGGUACAUUUUUUCCCUUUGGCGGCGCAGUAUAGAGGCGUCUUUGUAUUUUAGCGACAUGGCGUGUAACGAUAUCAUUUGAUUGUCUUUUUGCUACC